AUGUCUGGUUUCGAGAUAGUUGGGCUAGUAAUCGGGGUCAUACCCUUUGUGGUCAAGGGCUUGAAGUUUUACGAGAACGAUGCACAGGUGCUUCUACAUCACAAAGUCGUUAUGAACGAUUUGAUCGUGUCACUGCACACUGAACACUCGCGUUUCCGUCAUUCUUGCAGUGUUCUACUAAGAGGUCUUGUUGACGACAAGGAGCUAGAGGACUUCCUGGACAGGACUACCAAAGAAGAAUGGGAAAAGGAAUUGAAGCAAGGGUUGGAAAAAGGAUUGAGGAAAAAGCUUGGUCCAGGCUAUUAUGCGUAUACGGAAACGAUGAGACAAAUCCAAGAGAAACUGGAGAAGCUUGAAAAAGUGGUCGGGAUGGGUAAGCAGCAGCAAUGGUACGAGAAGACCGAAUACGAGAACCAGAAGACAUGGCAUAAGAUCAAAAAAUGCAUAAAGCAUAGCAAGCACAAGCAACUACUCGAAGACAUCGAAAAGCAUAACACAAAAUUAGAACAGAUGACCCCUGGAAUAUCUGUUCAAGCACAAGUAACACCUCCUCGGCCUAAAAAGGUAAACCUAAGCUAUUGGGAUUCCAUUAGGCGAGCAGCCAUAAGUUUACAUUGUGCUCUUUGCUCAGGUUGGAUCUGCUGCUGUGCAAACUCACACGUCACUCAUUUUCUGCUUGAGGAUAGAGUGACCAAGACAUCAGAAUCUCUCAGGUUCAAAUUGUCCUUCAUGAUUCCUGAUGAUAUGUCUCUGGAAAACGGGAAGUGGCAAAACGCAGAGUUCGAAGCCCUGGAGGACGACAGCGAUUCAACUGGUUCUAUUAAAGUUGUUACCUUUACACCAAAUUCAACUCUGAGAACCAUCCCUAUGCCAGACAGGCAAAUCAUGGAUAUUUGCAAGGAAUUAAAACGAUCCUCACAGCAAUCUGACGCCAUCUGUAUCGGGUUUAUACUCGAAGAUGAACGCAAACAUUACAUGCACUUGCCGAAGUGCUCACUCGCACCUCCCAAGCCGAGGAAUACGAUCACCCUCCACCAUUUACUCUCAAGCAAGGGAAAACUCAGUACGCAAUAUACUUUCGGAAAUGAGGUCGUGGAUCGCUACGAGCUGGCCCUCCUACUGGCGUCUUCUUUACUUCAGCUCCACGCAACCUCUUGGCUAGGAGACUGGUGGUCCACUGACGAUAUACACAUUCUCUCAAGAAACUCGGGAAUGACCUUUCGAGAUUGUACAUUUGUCAUGCAGUCAUUCCCAUCAUCAGCAGUAGCUAAGGGACCAGGACCCGACGUUAUGUCCACUCGCCAAAUGGUAAUUCGCAACGAAGCAAUAUUUAGGCUAGGAGCUACACUAGUUGAGCUCUCUACUGUAGCAACACUUGAGUCGCAGGAGGAAGUAGAUGACCACAGAAUCACCGAGGAACUAACCGAUUUUAAUACGGCCGAGCGAUUAUCGAAGGCAGUAGCACUUAACAAUGCUCCUGAGUGGAAUGCGGUCGUUGAUCGAUGUCUGCGUUGUGGGUUCCAUUCGCCGCCGGAUUUUACAAAAAAGGACUUUAGGGUAGAGUUUUAUCAGUACGUUGUCGCACCAUUAGAGAAGCUGUAUAGUGAUGCAAAAAUUAGCCAGAGCACAUAUUAG